AUGCAAGAAAAGAGCAAAGAGAAAUUACCAUUUGCUAUAGGAGAGACAAAGGAAGGAUGUAAUGUGUUCAAUGGAAAAUGGAUUUGGGAUGAGAAAAGACCUUUAUAUGAAGAAUCAGAGUGUCCUUAUAUACAACCACAAUUGACUUGUCAAGAACAUGGAAGGCCAGAUAAAGACUAUCAACAUUGGAGAUGGCAACCUCAUGGUUGCUCUCUUCCGAGUUUCAACGCGACAUUAAUGUUGGAAACACUUCGAGGGAAGAGGAUGUUAUUCGUGGGCGAUUCCUUGAACAGAGGACAGUAUGUUUCUAUGGUUUGUCUUGUCCAUAGAAUCAUUCCUGAGAAUGCUAAAUCCAUGAAAACUGUUGGUAGUUUCGAUGUUUUCAACAUUAAGGAUUACAAUGCAACAAUUGAGUUUUAUUGGGCACCAUUUCUGCUUGAAUCAAAUUCUGAUAAUCCAGGAAAACAUAGGAUUGAAGAAAGAGUAGUUCGAAAAGAUUCAAUAAACACACAUGGAAAAUAUUGGAAAGGGGCUAACAUAAUUGUGUUCAAUACUUACCUUUGGUGGAGGAGUGGCUUCAAUUUUAAUAUUUUGUAAUUUUCUUGACUCUUUCUUCUUGUUUAUU